CCUUAAAUAUGUUGGUUAGUGCCUUUAAGAUAUUACAUGUUGAAACUGUUUUGUGGAAGUCAAUGACCAGCCUCUGCACCAUAAGGUCUUGUUAAAAACAUGUUCGCCUUUAAUUAUAAUAAGAUGAAAGAGGCAAUGGAAACACACAUUAUACCAGGUCCUGUCAAUUAUGACACAAAAUUAUCAUAUCUGAAUACAUAGACAUGGAAAUAACAAAUAGCUGUUUGUGAGCUUUGAGGUUUCGUUUUGGGAGGCUGCGAUUUUGGUACGUGGCAUUCCCUGUUUGAUAUUUGUCUUUGUUUUUUUUUUUACAUUAAACGUAUACAUAUGCAAGGCAGUCGAACUAAUUUUUGUCAACUGUUUGAUGUUAUGUCGUGGGGAUGUAACUGUUUCUUGUCAAAUCUUAGUAAUAGCAGUUCAAUUUAGGUUUAUUAAUUGAAUACAAACUUUAUCAUAUAUUUAAAUCGUUUACGUUACCCUCAGGCUGAUUUAAUAUUGUCCUUAAUAUAUAAAUCAGCUAUUCACUAUCCUGGUCUAUUGCAGAUAAGGAACCUUGAAGAAACGAUUGCUUACAGGAUAGAAGGAAGAUGCUAAAAGUUUUGAUUGUUCUUGCUGCUGCCGCAUUAUCUAAUGGACACCUUCAGCCGGGUAAGAAAUUGCCACCAUUUGCGACCAGCAUGUAUUCGGGAAAUGUAAAAGAAAGAAUAAAGAUACCACCUACACCAAUGUCAGACUUCAAUGUUUUACGGUGGGUCGGGCGGUGGUUUUUCCAGUUUCAUAAACCCUCACAUAGCUGGGCUGUUUCGGAAGAGUUCACAUAUUACGAAAAGAUUUUUGAAUUACAGGAAAACAACCUUAUAAACCAUGAACUGAUGAGAAACUAUGGCGUGUGCAAUUCCGUUAAGUCAGUAUGGCACAUUAAAGGUCCUGGGUAUUUUGAAGGCAUAGACACUGUAGGAGACAACUGGUCUGGCAGAAUUAUCGUUGUUGAUACAGACUAUACUGGUUUUUAUAUAACCUGGGGAUGCACCAAAUGGUCGCUUUUCAGUGACAGAUGUGAAGAUCCUGGUGUUUACGUUCUAACAAGACAACUUGAACCGGACCCGGCAGUACUGAGCUGUAUAGAAUCGGCACUCCAAAAUACAUUUGGUAUUUCAGUAAACCAGCUGAUUAGAAUACCUCAUGAGGAACGUUGCUAACAGGGAGGAAAAAAGAUCGAAUGAUUAUGAAGAUUACAUACGUGGAUGGAACGAAGCAAAUACACAAGCACAAUCUUCGAUCAUAAAAGUUAGAGAAAUUAAGCAAUGCAAAAAUAAAAUGUCAAUAAUUGUUUUUGUCUAUGUCUGAUCUCAUACUGAGGGCAUUAUGUAAAUAUUGUGUAUGUCGAGCUUAAAUCACAACCUGGUAAAUUACCUUGCAAGUUAUUGUUGAUGUUGAUAUGGAUAAGUAUAUGAUUUAUUAAGAGUGACCUAAUGUUAUAUUUGAAAAUAUGAAAAAUAACUAUGUAUAGUUAGGUAAAAUAAAUUAACAAGUUUAUUUGUUUUAAUAGCACUAGUAUUAAGGGAAAGUUAUCAAAUAAAUUUUUAAGAACUUGUUACCCAACCCUUUUGCAGUAAAAUUUGUAAUUGAGAUGUAAAUGUAAUGUAGAAAAAUAUGUUAACACCAAUAGUACAAUGCCAGAGGUUUAAAAUACAAUCAAACCUGUGAACAAAGACCACUUUCCGGAACAAGCAAAAGUGGUCUUUGUUCACAGAUGGUCUUUACUAGGGGGGAAGGGUCACUUCUCCAAUGAGCCAAUUAUGCCACUUCAAAAAGGUGCCGAAAAAUUACCUUCGUUAAUUGCACGAUUACGUCAGUAAUUUUGUUACAAUGGGCCGGUGCACACUUGCAAAGUUUCAACCAAGCAGUAAUUAUUAUGUUUACUAUAUGCGAAAGUCGUGAAAAUUUGGCGGAUUUCAAAUAUUUUCAUGCCGGAACGGUCCAGCUUGGUCGUUAUUGCGGGGUCAAUAUGAGUCCAUAGUUUACAGGUAUUGCAGUAUAAAUGUGUAUUACCAGUAAAUCCUGAUUUUUCUAUAUCAGUCAACUGUAUCUGCAUGAUAUCAAUUGUGAAUAGCUCUACAUACAUAAUUUGUUAUGAAAACCAAAUACAUUUGAUGUAGAUUGUCUUUUUCGAAUAAAAUAUGUUUGUGAAA